AUGAAUGUCAGUUACGAACCUUCACUUUUACCCGGACUAAACAGUAUUACAAACAAAGCUGACUGGGAAGAAAUGGACAUCCUUGAGACACACGCCUUUGACCGGCGCCAGAAGAGAAAUAUGACCUGCGCUCUUCUUUUCUCUCUCUUGCCUUUCUUUAUGUCUUCAGCUCUGUACUUUUACUUGUGGACUCCUGAUGCCCCGGCAUCAGUUGUGGCCGCAGGGGUCAAGUCAGCACCAGUUCUCCUUUUGGCUGCGGCUGUACUGAGCUGGAAUGGAGGUCAGAGUGUCCUGGGUGUGGCAGGGGGACUGCUCUUUUCAGCUGUUGGUGACUGCUGCUUGAUAUGGCCUGACCUCUUUCUGCACGGAAUGGGUGCCUUCGCUGUGGCUCAUCUGCUGUACUCCCUCACCUUCCUAUCCGCUCGUUACACAUCAUAUUCCUCAUCCUCCUCAUUCAUACGUUUUCUGUACCUGAUCCUUUUAAUAGUAGGCGGAGGUUUCUACAUUUAUCUUUUUCCAUACCUCCAAAAGGCGAAAGACUCUGAUUUAUUAACUCCAGGUGUGGGUGUCUACAUCACCUUGAUCAUCAUAAUGGGUGGAUUAGCAAUCAGGACAGGGCACGUCGCCACACUGCUGGGAAGCUUGUCCUUCAUGGUGUCUGAUGCUUCACUGGCUGUGCAGGUUUUCAAGGUGGUGCCACCAAUGCAGCAUGGCCAGAUUAUUGUCAUGGUGACAUAUUACUUAGCACAACUACUGAUUGCAGUGGGUGAUGUAAAGGCAUUGGACGACAAAGAUGACUUUUCUAAAUGGAAAAGGUCCUAA